UUUUUUUUUUUUUGUUGGUGGUUUUUUUUGUUUCCACCACCGCUCUCCCGGGCUUCCACCAAUCUGCGUCCGCCCUCCCCGUGUCUAAUCACCGCGCACGCUUCAGCGCUUAGUCAAACUCGGCGAGGGGCCCACACAACAGCGGCAUUCAGCAGCAGCAGCAGCAGCAGCAGCAGCGGCGGGCGCGUUCGGGGGAGAGAAAAGAGGAGAGAGAGGGGCCGGAGAUUGCGCGCACCACGGUGGAUAGAAACGAGCAUUGCCGCGCCGGACGAGCUCAGUUCACGCCUGGCUUCCUCGCUCCACUCCCCGCUGCACUUUUUUCCCUCUUUGAUCCCUCAGCUUCGCGCACUGCCACAGCCACUUCCUCCGCGACUCUCCCGGAUUAGAGGCAACACGCGUGGAUGGUUAUGUUUGAAAAGGAGCCAGAAAAAGCCCUGGACCUGUCGACUCUCCCAGCGAUGCCUUCCAACAAGUUUUCCGACGCUCUGAUGGACGACGGAAAGGACAUGGCCGCCACCGCGGCAGUGAACGGGGACAAGUCUCCGGCCGAGGCGCUCUCGGAGAACGACAGCGGAGUGGAGCUGACCAACGAGAACAGCCCCCUGACGGCCGCAGAACCGCCCUCCCCCUUCUGCCCCAAACUCACCGGGGGAGCGUCCUCACCUCAAGAUGGAAACUCGAGCGAGAGCAGGAAGAGAGCGAGGAAGAGGUGCGUGGAGGAGGAGGCCACGUGGGACGAGUACAGCCAGAAGUCGUCCGGGGAGUCCCAGUUGAGUUUGCGACAGACUCCUCGCCCCAGGACGAUCUUUCAGGCCGGACAGACUCCCAACAGCAGCAAACCCCGAAGGCAGAACCGCAAACAGGACACGGGAGCGCUACAGUUUGUAUCCAGGAGAGCCCCGGCGGUGCCCAGUGUCCCUGAAGCCCCCAGUCUGGAGCUGAUGGAGCAGGACUCGAAGGACUCGGCCCAAAGCAGCAGCACCUCCAGCUCCGAGACGCAGCCGGAGUAUAACGAUAACAAAGGCUUUGGCAUCGGGGAGCUGGUCUGGGGGAAGAUCAAGGGCUUCUCGUGGUGGCCGGGGAUCGUGGUGACGUGGAGGGUCACCGGGAAACGCCACGCCUCCCACGGCAUGAGGUGGCUCCAGUGGUUCGGAGAUGGAAAGUUUUCUGAGGUUUCUGCUGAUAAAUUGGACUCCAUUACUGCUUUCCCCAAGUUUUUCAACCAGGCCUCGUACACAAAGCUGGCCUCCUACCGCCGGGCCAUCUUUCAAGCUCUGGAGAUGGCCAGUGUGCGCGCGCAGGAGAGUUUCCCUCCCUGCGAGUCGGACAGUCCAGAGGAGCAGAUCAAACCCAUGCUGGACUGGGCCAAUGGAGGGUUCCUGCCCAAAGGAGAGGAGGGACUCAAACCCCCACACAACGCAGAAAGCAAUGCCCUCCACCACCAUGUCCUGGACGUCUCUCUCCCCGAGUACCUCCCCAGCGCCAAACGCCCCAAAGUGAGCUCCUGUAAAACCAAAGCAGCCCCCGAGGAGUCCUACAGCAGAGAACAAAUGGUGAAUGAAGUCCUGAAAAACAGACGCAGUAUUGAAGAGUUCUGUCUCUCCUGUGGAAAGAUGAGAGCAGCUACCUUCCACCCGCUCUUUGAAGGAGGCCUGUGCCAAACAUGCAAGGAUAACUACCUGGAGAUGUCGUACAUGUAUGAUGAUGACGGGUACCAGUCGUACUGUACGGUGUGCUGUGGGGGCCGAGAGGUGCUCCUGUGUGGGAACGCCAACUGCUGCAGGUGUUUCUGUGUGGACUGCCUGGACAUCCUGGUGGACCCCGGCGCCUCUAACGCCGCUCGGCACCUGGACCCCUGGAUGUGCUACAUGUGCCAGCCGCCCCUGCCCUACGGCGUGCUCAAGCGCCGCCACGACUGGAGCCUCAAGCUGCAGGAGUUCUUCGCCAACGACAACGGGCAGGAAUUUGAGAAGCCAAAGAUCUACCCUGCCGUUCCAGCGGAGCAGAGGAGGCCCAUCCGAGUCCUGUCCCUGUUCGAUGGAAUUGCAACAGGGUAUCUGGUUCUUCGAGACCUGGGGUUCAAAGUGGACCAGUACAUCGCCUCAGAGGUUUGUGAAGACUCCAUCUCAGUGGGAGUGGUCCGACAUGAAGGAAAGAUCCAGUACGUCCACGAUGUCCGCGAAAUCACCAGGAAAAAUAUCCUGGAGUGGGGUCCUUUUGACUUGGUGAUCGGAGGAAGUCCAUGCAACGACUUGUCUAUCGUCAACCCGGCAAGAAAGGGUCUCUACGAAGGCACAGGGAGGCUGUUCUUCGAGUUCUACCGUCUGCUCAGCGAAGCCAAACCCAAAGAAGGAGAGGACCGCCCCUUUUUCUGGAUGUUUGAAAACGUGGUGGCCAUGGGGGUCAACGACAAGAGGGACAUCUCGCGCUUCUUAGAGUGUAACCCAGUGAUGAUCGACGCCAUAGAAGUCUCCGCUGCCCACAGAGCCAGGUACUUCUGGGGAAACCUGCCUGGCAUGAACCGGCCCCUGUGCGCCUCUGGCAUGGACAAGCUCGAACUGCAGGACUGUCUGGAGCACGGGAGAGUUGCCAAGUUUGGAAAAGUGCGCACGAUCACCACUCGCUCCAACUCCAUCAAACAGGGCAAAGACCAGCACUUCCCCGUCCUCAUGAACGGCAAAGAGGACAUCCUGUGGUGCACCGAGCUGGAGAGGAUCUUUGGUUUCCCGGUGCACUACACAGACGUGUCCAACAUGGGGCGUGGUGCCCGUCAGAAGCUCCUGGGCAGGUCCUGGAGUGUGCCCGUCAUCAGACACCUGUUUGCUCCGCUCAAAGACUACUUCGCCUGUGAAUAAACACUGGACCGGUGCUCUCACGUACACUUCAUGUACACUGUCACUACCCAAAGUGUUUAACUAUAGAGCUUUUAGAUAUGGACACUUGUUUUACUUUAACAUGCUAGUUUUUAAAAUUGUUUUCUUUAUGGCCCUUGUUGUGUAUCUAUGGUGCAACAUUUUUGUUUUUCUUAGUUUUACUCAUUACUUGAAACUGACUAAAUAUUUUUAUAUAAGAGUUUUUCUGAAAACUGUUGAAACUGGACAAAAGGGAACUUUCCCCAGUACAGACGUCAUCAUUUUAAGUUUUAGAUAUAUUUUCAAAUUUCAGUUCCACAACUGGUUUUAACAGAUUUUAUAAAGUUUUUUAUAGACAGAAGUGACUUUAUAGUAUAACUUUUCCAAUAGUUUCAUAUAUAAUACUUGAACGAAAUAUUUUUGCCAUUGAUAGAGCUGCAAAACACUAUGUGGAUCCUACUGUUAAGAUUUGACAUGUCGGCCUUCGUUUAUGGUCGACGAAAGACGUGAGCUGCCAAAAGUCUGGAGUAAAGUUUUUUUAAAAAUAUUUUUCAAACCCAAGUUGCCUUUCUAGUGGUAGAAUUUCAGAACAUUGCAUUAGAAAAACAAUUAUAUUUAGUACUCGUAAACACCAAAAGAAGAACAGCGUAUUUUAACCUGUUGUUUAAAUUUUUUAUUUUUUUUUCAGUAUUUGUUAAAACCCAAAUACAGAAGUGCACAUAACUUACAAAAGAACGUUUAUCUGUUGAUCAUAUUUCUUGUUUAAACUGAAAGACCAUUUUACUGUUGGCUGUCACCAAAUCAAUACAAGGGCAUUACCUCAGACCGUGGCUUUUGUAAAUAGCACUUGUAUUUUUUUAAUCACUGGAUCUGUUUGUUUUUUUUACAUUGUUUGUUGUACUGUAUCUUCAGCAUAUUUACAGAUUUUAACCAAGGACUUUUUAAAUCUGCACAUUGUCAAAAAUCUUUCAUUCAAGUGACUGUUAGCAUCAUGUCUCUCUAUACCAAAAAGUGAUUGUUUACAUACUUCACUGUUUUACGUUACUAAAUGUUGUGUGUGAAAUCUUAAAUAUUAACACUGAUGUUGCUAAAACAUAGAGCAUUUUAAUCUAUAGCGUUUGAAUGUGUGCUUUUGAAUGGACCAUUUUGACAGUAUAUAGCAUUUAUAGUUGUUUUAUUACAAGAACUUUUAUGUCAAAUUUAGCAAAAAAAAAAAAAACAUUUCAGGAGAACAGCUGUUUUUAUACUUAAGUUUGAAUUGUUAGUAGAAAACUGUUUUUGUUUGUGUUUUAUAUAGCAGCAAACUAUUUGUAGUCAAUAAAAAAGUGAAAAU